UCAUAGAAUGGAGGAAAAAACAAAACAGUUUAACAAUAAUACGAGAAAUUAAAGUUUUAAAGGCAUAAAAUAUGUAUGUCGGUGACUACUUCGCCGCACUCACAAAAAUGAGUGCGUUCAAUGCACCCAACUCAAAAACUAGUCUUAAGGAGUCGGAUUUUGAAUUUUAAUUUGUAGAAUUAGUAUAAUAUAAUGAUAUAACAUAUGAUAACAACUAAUUAGCGGAUUACCCUAAGCCCUAGACCUCCAAUUUUGAGUUUAUACCGAAACCCCACACUGUAAACCCUAACCCUAACCCCUAGAUCUUUAAACUCUAAAUCCUUCAAAUUAAAGCAAAUCUUUCAUUGUUUUUGUGCAAAUUCAUGUGCGUUAUUGUUCACCACAUCAUAAGUGAUGAUUGACAUCAUUUUGACAUAAAUCUCAUGUUUAAAAUGACGAUUAUGAAGCGAGUGCACUGAAUGCACCCAAAAAAGUGAGUGCACCGAAGACGCCACUAUAUCAAUAUAUACGCUUAUUAAAUGGAGUAUUGUGAUUUCGCUUAUGAAUCUUUGUGAUUUUGAAUCGACAAAAAGGAACAUUUGUAUGAUAAGAACGUGCUUACAACCGUGUCCAUUCAACGAUCAUGAAGAGUCCAACCAUCAGUCCAACAAUUUGGACUAUGAGGAUGGUAACAAAAUUGAUCAAGACAUCCCCUAACUUAUAUAUAACAAAGUUAGAAUGAGUCUCCACUUCCCAGCCUUACCACAAAGGACAAUUUAAGGAGGUAGGAUGAAGAAGGAAGGACCAUUAACUUCCAUUAACAUAUCUUGGCAGCUUUCGUGGACAGGAAUUUAGCCGCCGAUUGCAUUAAACAACAAAUCAAAGAACCCAUUUGUCCCUCUCCCUCUUUCAUGUCGAAAUCGAAAACCAUACAUUCGGUUUCGGCUGCCACCAAGCAUCUUAACCAGGGCUAGGAGACAGAGCAAGAAAACAGAGCAGGUAGCUGGACUCUGUAUCUUUCUUACAACCAUAGAUAGGCUUUCAUUUAACUAAAUACCCCCGAAGAAGAGAAGUAUGCAUUUUCAACCAUGAAGAUGUCUUCAGAAGCAGAGGAGGAAGAAGAAGAAGAAGAAGUGAACGACAGCCCGAUCGAGCAAGUCCGACUGACGGUUCCGAUCACCGACGAUCCCACGAUUCCGGCCCUGACGUUUCGUACAUGGGUCCUGGGAGUGGCGUCCUGCGUGUUCCUGUCGUUCCUCAACCAGUUCUUCAGCUUCAGGUCCAAUGCUCUGUACGUCAGCUCUGUUUCGGCGCAGAUUCUGGUUCUGCCGCUGGGGAAACUGAUGGCCGCUACGCUCCCGAGGAAGCCGAUCUUCGUCGUCCCCUUCGCGAAGUGGUCGUUUACCCUGAAUCCGGGGCCGUUCAACCUGAAAGAACAUGUUCUGAUCACCAUCCUGGCCAACUGCGGAGCUCAUGGAGCUCCGGCACUCGACAUCGUUACGUCCGUCAGGGCGUUCUAUCAUAGGCACCUCAGCGUCUCCGCCGCGCUGCUAAUGAUCCUGACCACUCAGUUGCUUGGAUAUGGGUGGGCUGGAGUGUUCAGAAAGUAUCUGGUGGAUUCCCCACAUAUGUGGUGGCCUUCAAACCUAGUCCAGGUCUCUCUUUUCAGGGCACUGCAUGAGAAGGAAAACAGAGUGAACAGAGGAACGACGAGACUGCAAUUCUUCACCCUAGUUUGUGUCACAAGCUUCGCAUACUACAUAUUUCCAGGGUACUUAUUCCCCUCAAUAUCAACCGUUUCUUUCAUGUGUUGGAUAUGGAAGGACUCCAUCAUCGUGCAACAGUUCGGUUCGGGCUUGAACGGCCUUGGCAUUGGCUCGUUCGGAGUAGAUUGGUCGACGGUUGCUGGGUUCCUGGGGAGCCCUCUGGCCAUGCCAUCGUUCGCAAUCGUGAACACCAUGGCCGGUUUCUUCCUUAUGGUGUACAUCGUUCUGCCGAUUGCCUAUUGGAACAACAUCUUCGAAUCUAGGCGAUUCCCUAUGUUGUCGCAAUCGACUUAUGACUAUGCUGGCCAGAUGUACAACGUCACGAGGAUCAUGAACACUAGAGGAUUCGACAUCAAUGUUUCGGAAUACGAAAGUUACAGCAAGCUCUACCUUUGUGCAACUUUUGUAUUCGGCACGGGGUUUGGUUUCGCGGCUCUAAUGUCUACUAUUACGCAUGUCGCUCUGUUCGAUGGCAAAUCGAUAUGGGAGCACUGGAAGAAGACCACAGGUGGAACGAAAGACGAAGAUACCGAUGUUCAUACGAGGCUCAUGAGACGGAACUAUGAAGUCGUGCCUCAGUGGUGGUUCAUGGUGAUCCUGUUUGUAUCAUUUGCUCUUUCUCUUCUUGCAAUUGGAGGGUUCGGUAGAGAGCUGCAACUCCCAUGGUGGGCACUCAUUCUGGCAUGUGCCUUCGCAUUCGCCUUCACUCUACCUGCAGGAAUCGUCCUCGCAACGACGAAUCAGAGAAUCUUUACCGGCGUGAUAGCAGAGUUGUUGAUAGGAUACAUUUACCCUGGCAAGCCUCUUGCAAAUAUGACAUUCAAAUCCUACAGCUUUGUGAGCAUGUUACAAGCUCUGAGCUUCCUUUCUGACUUCAAGUUAGGGCAUUACAUGAAAGUCCCACCAAAAUCCAUGUUCUUGGUUCAGCUAGUAGGCACUGUAGUUGGCUCCUCCGCCCAAUUCGCUACGACGUGGUCACUCAUCUCGGGCAUCGAAAACAUCUGCGACGUCAAGAAGCUACCCACUGGAAGUCCAUGGACGUGUCCUGGAUACGAUUACUUGUACAGUGCUUCGAUCCUAUGGGGAGUGAUAGGACCUCAGAGGAUCCUGUCAAGUGGUGGAAUCUACAGUCAGAUAAAGUGGUUCUUCCUCGUCGGCUUGUUGUCCCCUCUCCCGGUGUGGUUGAUGGCUCGAAAGUUCCCCGAGAAGAAGUGGAUAAGAUCCAUACACAUGCCACUGAUCCUGACGGGUGCUUACGGUUUGUUGCCUGCGCGACCGGUCCACUUCCUGUCCUGGGGAGCUGUGGGGGUGUUCUUCAACUACUAUGUUUACAGGAAAUACAAAGGGUGGUGGGCUAGGCACACUUACAUUCUGUCGGCCGCGCUGGAUGCUGGCGUUGCGUUCAUGGCUUUGUUGAUUUACUUCACUCUUCAGAGCAAGAACAUCUAUGGAGCGCGAUGGUGGGGGCUUGAAGCCGACGAUCACUGUCCUUUGGCGAAGUGUCCUACUGUUCCUGGAGUUGUAGUUGAUGGAUGUCCUGUGCUACAUUAAAGGGUUUUAAGUAUAGACAUUUAAGAGCUUGUGUUAUCAGGAUUACAUUUUAGGGGGGUGAUUCCAUAGUAAGCAAGUGCUAUGUUUUGGAGUCUUUUCAUUUUGAUAAGUUACAAUGAGAGUGAGGAACUUCUAUCUUCUCUUUCCCUAAUUUAGCUAUGGGCUAAGAUGACUUUGUAAGCCUGAUUUGACACAUUAUUGUAUGCAUAGUUGGAUUUAUGAUUUGACAUAUCGAAGAUGAGAAGUCGACGACUCCUCGUGCUAUGUGCAAACCGUCUAGAAGAAAUCCUUUCGAUAUUAUUAGAACGAAUACGCCUCCUACUUUACAUGAAAGUAUGUGUAAUCGACUAAUCAUGAAUUUGAGCAUAAAAGCAACAAAAAAAAAACAGCUAAGAAUCCUCUAAGAAGGAAAGAAACAUUUUCCUAUUCAACAAUCAAAUCAAGCAGGACAGGGAAAUCCUUCCUAAGGAGGACAAUCUCAUCAAUGGCUUUCUGCAAAUUCAGGGGAAGGGGCAGAGACAGGAUCGGAACUGUAGAGCUAGCAUAUGGCGAAAAAACCACCCAUUGGCAUCUUUAAGCUCGACACGAUCUCUCCGAACCAGAUUCCAUCCUCUUCAAACAUUUUGAUUGGAAGAACAACUUACCAAUCAGACAUGGAGUCUUACUCCAAGCAGCUGACCAGCGAGUUAAGUUAACGUACCAAAAGACAAAAGAGAGUUCAGCACAAGGAGAUAGCGAGUGAUCAUAACAUCCAUGGCAGCUUCCGUUCAACAGGAAUAAGCCGAAUGUGGGAAACCAUCUGAAGUUUACAGCAACCAGAAACGAAAGAGCCAUUUCCCCGCCUCUUGCCUCUGCCGUCUGGAACCAUUAAUUUAACACCAAGAAGAACGGUAACCAAUAAAACAGAGCAUGUAAC